GAGCGGGAUAUAUAAGCGGCGGGCCGGGCCGCCGCGGGGCAGACGGCGACAGCGGCGGCGGCGAGCGCCUCGGACAGCAGCAGAGCCGCGCCCCCUCGCCCCGCGCCCCCCGACGGGCCCGCUCGCCCUCCCGCCCUCCCGAGGAGCGCCGGCCCGGGCCCGCGAGGGCCGCCGCCACCCCGCAGCAGAUUUGGAUCCUCCGCCCGGCGAGCCCCAGGCUGCUGCCUCCCGGGGGGUCCCGGCGCAGCGGCCGCCCGCGGAGAGCCCCGGAGCCCGGCCGUCCGACCCCGCAGACGCCGGCGGCGCCAUGGCGGCCGCCAAGCCCGGCGAGCUGAUGGGCGUCUGCUCCAGCUACCAGGCGGUGAUGCCGCACUUCGUGUGCCUGGCCGACGAGUUCCCGCAGCCCGUGCGGCCCGCCAGGCUGUCCAAGGGCAAGGGCCGGCUGCGGCGGCCGCGCCAGUCCCGCUUCAAGACGCAGCCGGUGACCUUCGACGAGAUCCAGGAGGUGGAAGAGGAGGGGGUGUCCCCCAUGGAGGAGGAGAAGGCCAAGAAAUCGUUCCUGCAGAGCCUGGAGUGUCUGCGCCGCAGCACGCAGAGCUUGUCGCUGCAGAGGGAGCAGCUCAGCAGCUGCAAACUGAGAAACAGCCUGGACUCCAGCGACUCCGACUCGGCCCUGUGAGGGGCGCCGCCCGGAGGGGGGACGCGCGCGACUCCAAGGCCCGCCCUGGGACCAGAGGGAGAACCCUGGGAGGGUCCGCGCCCCGCACCCGGGGUACCCCUGAAGGACAGGGGACCGCCGCCCCUAGCGCACUUGGACUCCCACCCCGCUGCGAACUAGUCGGUGCGCCCUUGGCCGCGCUCACGCUGGCCCAGAGCGCGCUCGGGGGCGCCAGGGAGGGGGGCCGCCUUCUUUGCCCUUGUAAAUGUUUAUUUUUUAUCUCUUCCACUACGAACUCCGCCGUGAGUGUGUGCGGGUCGCCGCUCCACGCCCUUGUCCGAUGGUUUGCAACUCCGACUUUGCACACUGCUCCACCGUGUCCCCCAGCGCACGCCAGUUCACACUCACGCCAACACACUCUCGCUGACACUUUUGUAAUUGUUAGGCGCGGCCGAUGGGACUUGGGGCGCAGCGCAGCAGCUGCUGUGGCCAGAGGAUCGAUAUUUAUUUUUGCAUUGCGAUGGCUGAAGGCAUUUAUUUAAUAAUCUUUUUACUUGGAUAUGUCUGUGAGGCUCUCGAACGGAGGCAAAUAAAGUCAAUAUAUUUGCACAGUG